AGCUUUCUUCCCCGAAAAUUGCUUUCUAACUACAUUUAAUCGAUUGCCAAUGUCACCUGAGAUGCUGAAACAGAAAAAAGUGCCAAAGACUUUUGAACAAUGGAACUCUAAAGUGUUUUAUAAAGGAUUAUUCGCACAAGAUGUACUCGUUAGGGAGAAAGUCGAUGCUAUUCGAUGGCUUCCCUGACCCCACUGAUACAUGGGAUAUAUGUGAAACUAUUGGCAAAGGAACUUACGGGAAGGUUUUCAAAGUAACAAACAAGAAAAAUGGAAGUAAAGCAGCAGUGAAAAUCCUAGAUCCAUUUCAUGAAGAUAUAGAUGAAGAGAUUGAAGCAGAAUAUAAUAUUUUGAAAGCUCUCUCCGAUCACCCAAAUGUAGUGAAGUUCUAUGGAAUGUACUUCAAGAAAGAUGCGAAGACUGGCGAUCAGCUCUGGCUUGUUCUAGAGUUAUGCAAUGGAGGUUCUGUUACAGAGCUGGCAAAGGGCCUUCUAAAAAGAGGAGAGAGAAUGAGUGAACCCAUUAUUGCGUAUAUCCUGCAUGAAGCGAUGAUGGGCCUACUGCAUUUGCACCACCACAAAACUAUUCACCGUGAUGUCAAGGGAAAUAAUAUCCUUCUUACGACAGUGGGAGGUGUGAAACUCGUUGACUUUGGUGUUUCUGCACAGCUCACUAACACGAGGCUCCAUCGAAACACCUCCGUUGGCACCCCAUUUUGGAUGGCACCUGAGGUGAUUGCUUGUGAGCAGCAAGUGGAUACAACAUAUGAUGCCCGAUGUGAUGUCUGGUCCCUUGGAAUAACAGCCAUCGAGCUUGGAGAUGGGGAUCCUCCAUUAGCUGAUUUGCAUCCUAUGAGAGCACUAUUUAAAAUACCAAGAAACCCACCGCCAACGCUACGCCAACCCGAGCUAUGGUCCUCUGAAUUCAAUGAUUUUAUAAACAAAUGCUUAAUCAAGGAUUUUGAGAAACGUCCAACGGUUUCUGAUCUUUUGGAACAUCCCUUUAUCAAGCAAUUAAAAGAUAAUGAAAAUGCGCUGCAAAAACAGCUAAUGGAACUCAUAGACAUCCAUCAGCAGAUGGGGAUUAUGGCGAAAAAAAGACAUGAGAGGAUUAAUACCAAGAAGGGUCACGUCAAGGAAUCCAUGGCACCCAACCAGAAUGACGUAGAUGAUUUAGCGGCUCUGGAAGCACUGGACGAGAAUACAGUAACUGAUCAGCUACAAACAAGAUACAACAGGGAUCAGAUAUACACCUACGUAGGGGACAUUCUUGUUGGAGUUAAUCCCUUUAGACAAAUGGAUCUUUAUUCCUCACAGUAUUUACAGAUGUACAUUGGAGCAAAGAGAACUGAUAACCCGCCACAUAUUUUUGCCGUGGCUGAUUUAGCCUACCAGUCUAUGGUGACAUAUAAUUCAGACCAGUGUAUCGUUAUAUCUGGAGAAAGUGGAGCAGGAAAAACAGAAGGUGCUCACCUUUUAGUCCAACAGCUUACUGUCUUGGGUAAGGCAAACAACAGAACACUCCAAGAGAAAAUCCUGCAAGUGAAUAACCUAGUAGAAGCUUUUGGAAACGCCUGCACUAUAAUUAAUGAAAAUUCCAGUCGCUUCGGGAAGUACCUCGAAAUGAAGUUUACGAGUAACGGAACGGUGGUGGCUGCCCAAAUUUCUGAAUAUCUUCUCGAAAAAUCAAGAGUUGUUCAUCAAGCAUUAGGAGAAAAGAAUUUUCACAUAUUCUAUUAUAUUUAUGCGGGAUUGUCUGAGAAGAAAAAGUUGACACAUUAUAAACUGCCCGAUAUAAAGCCUCCCAGGUACCUGCAAAAUGAGCAUAUUAAAAUGGUGCAAGACUUUAUGAAUAAACCAUUCUAUAAAUCCCAGUUUGAGUUAAUUGAACAAUGUUUCAAGGUAAUAGGCUUUUCAAUGGAGGAACUAGGAAGUGUUUAUAGUAUCCUUGCUGCUAUUCUGAACGUGGGAAAUAUUGAUUUCACUUCUGUGGCAUCAGAACAUCAAAUUGACAAAAGCCAUAUAAACAACCCUGCAGUACUUGAAAAUGCUGCUUCUCUGUUAUGCAUCCAACCUGAUGAACUGAAGGAUGCUCUGACCUCUCACUGUGUGGUAACACGGGGGGAGCUGAUCAUUCAACAAAACACUGUAGAAAAAGCAGCAGAUGUAAGAGAUGCCAUGUCCAAAGCGCUCUACGGGCGUCUUUUUAGCUGGAUUGUGAACCGGAUCAAUGCUUUACUUAAACCCGAGAAGUUAAGUGAGGAUGAUGCUGGAUUUAAUAUUGGAAUUCUUGACAUAUUCGGCUUUGAGAAUUUUAAAAAGAACUCUUUCGAACAACUCUGCAUCAACAUUGCAAAUGAACAGAUCCAGUUCUAUUUCAACCAACACAUCUUUGCUUGGGAACAGAAUGAAUACUUAAAUGAAGAUGUGGAUGUCAGGCUCAUUGAAUAUGAGGAUAACCGUCCGAUAUUGGAUAUGUUUUUACAAAAACCAAUGGGUUUACUCUCUCUUCUUGAUGAGGAAAGUAGAUUUCCACGAGCAACAGAUCAAACACUUGUAGAAAAAUUUGAAGAUAAUCUGAAGUCUAAGAAUUUUUGGAGACCUAAGAGGGUGGACCUAACAUUUGGAAUCCACCACUAUGCAGGAAAACUUCUGUACAAUGCAAGUGGAUUUCUGGAGAAAAACAGAGACACUUUGCCAGCCGACAUAGUGCUACUCCUUCGCUCUUCAGAGAAUAAUCUGAUUCGGAUAUUAGCCACCAAUCCUCUGACUAAAACAGGUAACCUUGCACACACAAAAACUAAAGGAGCAAUAAGUUUGCAGUCAUGGACAACACAAAAAUCAUCCAGUCACAGCAAGCUGGAUAUCUUAAUGUUGUUCAGCUCAAAUUACUGCUGUGAGAGCGAUUUCAGUGAAUCGUACCAUCCAAGGGAGACUACCAAUAUGAAAACUCAAACCGUUUCAUCAUAUUUUAGGUAUUCCCUUAUGGAUCUGUUGUCAAAAAUGGUUGCUGGUCAGCCCCACUUUGUCCGCUGCAUUAAACCAAAUAAUGAUCGACUUGCAAAUAAAUUUGAUCGAGAGAAAGUCCUGGUGCAGCUGCGAUACACUGGCAUCUUAGAGACGGCAAGAAUUCGCAGAUUAGGUUAUUCCCAUCGAAUUCUGUUUGCAAAUUUUAUAAAGAGGUAUCGCCUAAUUUGCUUCAAGUCUAACGUGGAUCCUCCCGUAAGCCCAGAAUCCUGUGCAGCAAUACUGGAAAAGGCAAAUCUCGGCAACUGGGUUAUGGGAAAAACAAAGGUUUUCCUGAAGUAUUACCACGUUGAACAUCUGGAUCGAAUGAUAAAACAUAUUGUUAGUGGAAUUGUUCUUCUCCAAGCCUGUGUCAGAGGAUGGCUGGUUGCAAAGAGAUUCCAAAAAAUUCUGGCAAAAAGGGAAGAAAGUGCAGUGAAAAUACAAUCAGCAUACAGGGGAUAUGUUGUCCGAAAGGAAAAGGGACACUUAGAGUCUGAGAAGAUGGAGCACUUUAUAACACAAUUUCAGGCCUACGCCAGAGGGUAUCUAUUGAGGAAGAGAAUAAGUGAACAGCUAAAAUACGAGAACGAUGCAGCGAUAACAAUUCAAUCUCACUAUCGAGGAUUCAAGGAAAGAAAGAGUUUUAAGAGAAAGCGAGAAUCCAUGAAGUCAAAACAAUGUAAAACCACAGAGAAGGUGGAACCAGAACAAGACAGCCAAGGAGAAAUCAUUCCUGAAGGGAAAAGUAAAGAAGAAGCGGCUGUUGUUAUCCAAAGUCAUUUUAGAGGUCACAAAGAAAGGAAUAAAAUGAAAGAACGACAAAAAAUGGCUCUUGAACAGAGUAAUGGAGAUGUCACUGCACAAGAGAUUGAAGAUACUGUGAAUCUGAAGACCAGUCAAAUUAAUGACAAUGAUACUGAAAAUGAUUCUAGAGAAGACAAAGCUGCCACAGUAAUCCAAAGCAACUAUCGCGGUCAUAGAGAUAGACAGAAAUAUAAAGAGAGAAGAGGUCAUGAAAUAAAUAAGACCGGUACAAACAAUCCAACUGAUGAGUUAGUUCAGACAAAUGGAAUUCAAGAUACUCAAGAAAGAGAUCAGCAAGCAGCAAAUGGGAAAUUAUCUGAACCAGGAACAAUCUUGCCAUCAGAUCAAGAGGAUGUAGUAGAGCAAACUGAGGAAGGUGGUUAUACAGCAGAAGACAAUGAAGAUCAAGCCAUACCAAGUGCCUCAGAAAAUGACCAAAAUGAAGAAAUCCCAGAGAAUAAAGACUCAGAUAAAGCAGCUGUGGUAAUACAAAGUAAUUAUCGAGGACACAAGGAGAGAGAGAAAUUAAGAAAAGAAGGAAAAAUACCUGCAAAAAAGUGCAAAGAUGAAAAAACUACAGUAAAGGAGAAAAAUACUGAAAAUGAAACAUUGAGCGUAUUAAAGGAAAUUGAAGAUCUGGCUGUUUUUACAGAUGAGAUAUCGAAGUUAUCUGAAAAGUACUUGAUCCUGCAGCAAGCACUUAACGAAAUGAUCAUGUUAAACCUGCUAAAACCAGAAAAUGCCGCUACUUACAUAAAGAACCAAACAAAGGAGUCUCAAUCUCAUGAAAAUAAAAUAGUUAUAACUAAAGAAAUGGAAGAUAUUAGGCCUCAGAGGGUCCCAAGAAGACAGAAGCCAAAGACCUUGAACAGUUCAGAUGAUUCUACAUACUACAAUCUGUUACAUUUGCCAGUCAAAGAUGAAAAGAGAAAACCAAGGAAAGUUAGUCCAGGCAAAGUACUAGAAUCCGAAGAUUAUUAUAAAGAAAUUUAUUCAAGUAAUUCCCUGUCAACCAAUAACUGCAAUAAAGGGGAUGGGUUUUCUGCCAUGGAGUUUUCAGACUUAAACCAAAACGAAAGGUCAUUGGGCCCUGAAGAACCUCAGCAAGAAAAUGCAGACGAUGAGGAUAAUCCACACGACUACAGAAGACUGCUUCGAAAAACCUCCCAGCGAGAACGCCUUAUACACCGUUUUUGAUGUAGAACUUUUUAUAAGUCUUUAUUUUUUAAAUCAAGAGAUUAAUGGGGGGGGCAUUUACAGAUUGUUAUAUGGAAUAUGUUUUGAAACAUCUAUGGUGUGAUGGCACAAUAAUUUAUAUAAAAAUAAAGCUGGAUAAUACUGUACAUCCCCAAUCUAUCACAGCUGGCACUAGCAUGAAAUAAAACUCCUUUAACACAUAAUAAAGGGUAAUUUAUGAGAGCAAAUGCAGAUUCUCUAAAAUGUAUGCAAAGGUUGCCUGUAUUUCUGAUUAAUUAAAACAUGCUCCUCGCACU